UUGAAAAGCCAUCACUGUCAUUCAAAGCUUAAUACUAAGGAAGCUUUUCUUUGUUUUUUAUUUUUUUAUUUUUUAUUUUAUUUUUAAUUUUCUUUCCAGACAAACAAGAAUUAAAUUAAUCCUUUAUAGAAAGCUCACAUAGAAUCUCUCUCUCUCUCUCUCUUGGCGAUUUUGGAUAAGCAAUGGCUCACGGUGGCUAUGGCAAGCGGAGGGUCAAGCCCGCCGGACGUCGAUCCAAGGCCUUGGCGGUAGAGAAGAAGCCCAAGUCCGUCUCUCUCAAGAACCAGAUUCGCUCCACCGAGCGCAUGCUUCGCAAGAAUCUUCCACCUGAAGUUAGGGAGGCUCAGGAAAAGAAGUUAGAUGAUCUCAGAAAACAGCAGGAGAUACAAUCUCGUCUUGCGGUAGAGCGCAAAAUAUUUUUACGAGACAGGAAAAUAAAAUUUUUUGAAAGAAGAAAGAUAGAGAGAAGAAUAAGGCGUUUGGAGAAACUCCAACGUGCCUCAUCUGGUCAGGCACAAGAUGCAGAGAAUGCUGAACAGCUAUCCAAACUCAAGGAAGAUCUUGAAUAUGUCAGGUUCUUUCCCAAGACUGAGAAAUAUGUCUCUCUAUUUACUGGAAAUGAUGAUUCAGACAUCAUUGAUAGGAGAAAUAGAUUGCGUGAGCAGAUAAAGGCCAAUUUAAUCGCUGCUGUAGCUAGCGGAAAGGAUUUGGAAGAGACAGGAAGUGAAGAUGAUGGGCUUUUGGAUCUGAGUGAAGAUGAUUUCUUCCUAACUGGAAGCUCAAGCGAUGAAGAUGCAGAUGAUGAAUGGACCGAUAGAAGUACAAGAGAACAGGCUUCCAGUGCGUCUGGCAAAGCAGCAUCUGGCAUGUCCAGUGAUGAACGAAAUCAGAGACAGAUCUCUGCUAGAGCCUUAAUGCCUCCUCCACGGCCGUCAGCUAAAUCUCUUUCAUCAUCUAUUCGUGCUAAGUCAAAAUUUGGUCCUUCAUCAAGCAAAAAUUCCUCAAAACUGAGAGCUGAAAUAUCUACAUCCAGCCAUACAUCAAAUAGCAUGAGUGGUUCUUCAUUCAAGGCUAGGGGAUCCUCAAAUUCGAGGAAUGCUCACAGUAGUAAUUUAAGCUCCAACUCGGAUGCUCAUAAACCCCGAAGAAAGAGGAGACCAAAGAAGAAAAAAACACAGGCUUAAAAUGAAAAGAGCUUGGUGCCAAGGAAAGAAAGGCUAAAAAAGAAAGGCUUUUUUGUCUAAUGCCCCACCAAAAGAAAGGCUUAAAACAAUAUCUAUAUACGUCAUGUCGUUCAGAAGCUCAGGACCAAUGUCAAAGUUUAUCAUGGUAACAAUAUCAAAUCAAUUAGGGGUCAAUUUUCAAUGCGUUAAAAUUUCAAUGUCAAAUUUUAAAGCCGGUGUAUGGUGAAUUUAUCAUAAUAACAAUGUCAAAUUUAAAAAUUUAAUUAAACACAUUUGUUCAAACA